AUGCCAUCCACCAUCAAUCCCCAAAUCUCUGACAUAAUCAACACCCUCGAGGCAGCUGCAAACCAGUACGAAAUUGUCAAGGAUGAUGCAAGUCUCCCAAAGGCUUUCCAUGGGUCGGGCCAAGGGCUGCACCUCGUCAAUGAAGCUCUUCAAACUGCCCAAAGGCAAAUAGGCAGGCGCGACCUUGCUGGAAACUCAAUGCAGGAGUGCGCCAGCAAAGCGAAGUUAGUCAAGAGCAUAUUUGAACGCGUCGCUCAACCACUAGCAGAGAUUUCCCGGUUUGAGCUAUACAAGGCGGCUGUGAAAGAAGUGGGAGAAGGACGCAUGGUAGAGGACUUGGUGAAGGGCAUAAUGAAUAAUGUGUGUGUCUUGGCCGAGAACGAGGCAAUCAAAGAAGCAAUGGAAGACCAUGUCGCGGGAAUUCGGGACGCGAUUGAGACGCUGUCACAAAUGGACCCGUCCGUGCCAAAAGAGGGGUCGGGCGACAGCUACAAUCACUGGGGGUCUGGCGACAUGCUCAACGCUCCUGGUGGCAAGGUGUUAAAGAACAUCUUCUCCGGAGAGAUCAAGUCUCUAAGCAUGUAA